UAUCAUAUCAAUUAUCUAUUUCUUCAGCUUCAUAUUACUCACUUUCUCUUAUUGCACUGUGAAUUCAUUAGUCCCGAAACCGACUAAAUACACAGAAAAUGGAAAUACCUGCAGCCUGAAUAAAGAUUUACAAAUUGAAAAGGGAUAUUCAAAGUGUUUCAUACUGGACGAUGCAGUGAGCGAGUUCAAAAAACGUCUUGAAGCGGAAACAUCACAACAUCUGAAUAAUCAACGAACUUCUUGCAGUAUUGAUAAACUGACGAUUUCCAUAACCAGUCAAUGUGACGAAUCAAGUGGGGGUGAUUUGUGGCCAAGUGAAAAGAUGAAUGAGUCAUGUAAGUUCACUUCAGAUUUUUCACAACUUCCGUACAUAACUAACACACUACUGAAGACAAUUAUCAUAUCGAAUCCGAAGAUUGAAGUCAAAUCUAUUGAGUUAUGGGGAACAUUACGUGUACUACAGACUGUAUUACAAUUGGCGCACAGAAAUGCACUGAGUCAAUGACCUCAUGAUUACUCAUUCAAGGAUUCACCCCAGUUCACUCACAGAGGAUUUGUAGUUAACACUGCCGCCCAUUUCAUCAGUGUUGACUUGAUGGAGAAUUUUCUUGAUGCGAUGGCUUUAGUUAAAAUGAAUGUAUUUCAUUGGCACAUCACAGAUGACAGUUCAUUCCCGUACCAAUCAUCCACAUAUCCUCAACUCUCUCAAAAAGGUGCUUAUCAUCCAAUCAAGUUAGUCUAUGGGGAUGGGAUUGUUGGGCAGUUAUUGAAUUAUGCUCGAUUACGUGGAAUACGUGUUCUGGUGGAAUUUGAUACUCCGAGUCAUACUAGAUCAUGGGAGAAGGGUCAUCCUGGAUUGCGAACAAAGUGUUAUACUGAAGGCUCACCAAAUGGAGAAACUGGACCAUUUGAUCCUACAAAUCAGACCACAAUGGGAUUUCUGACAUCGUUUUUCAAUGAAAUUACUUCGAAAUUUCGAGAGAGAUUUAUUCACUUGGGUGGUGGUGAUAUAUCGUUUGAAUGUUGGCAAUCAAAUCCUGAUAUUGUGAACUUUAUGAAGACGAAGGGUUUUGGCGAGGACUAUGGAAAACUCGAAUCAUAUUAUUUUGAAGAACUUAUCAAAGCUAUUCAAUCUGUUCAACAGAAAAAGGGUCCUAUCACACCAGUUGUUUGGGAGGACACAUUCCACAACGGCUAUCGUCCGAAGGACCAGAAUCCUGUGUUCCAAGUAUGGGAUGAAUCGAACAGGCAAGAGCGUGUCAGAAACAUAACAUCAGCUGGCUAUCGAGUUAUACUUUCAUCAUGUUUUCUUAUCUCGGCCAAAAAUUAUGUGGGACAUUGGUACUCAUACUACGAAUGUGAUCCAAGAGACUUCUCAGGAUCAGAUGAUGAGAAGCAAUUGGUUAUUGGAGGUGAAGCUGUUCUCGUUGGCGAUUUUGUGGAUGAAACGAUUCUCUUCACGCGUUCCUGGCCAGAUGGUGCAGUUACAGCUGAACGUCUUUGGUCACAAGGUGACUUCAACAUUACGAAAUUUAUACCACGACUGAAUGAACUGCGUUGCCGCAUGUUAGAAUGAGAUUACCGAGUGAGUAGUUGGUCGCGAUUUGUAUGCCAAACUAUCUGGAUGGUUGGAGAGCAGUUUGCUGAUGAACAGCCAACGCGUAAACAGAGGCUGAAUGAUCAACGAGCUGGCCUUAUAACCGAAAUUUUCCUGGCUGUAAACUGUGAAGAGUCUCAAAUUAGGACGGCAGGAACAGGUGUUUACUACUCUCAGGUGAAUCCACAGAUUACUUUUAAAAAUUUGUUAU